CCUGUCGGGCUGCGGCUCAUUGUCACAAUUUCCGGACUCGGGUUCGGGCUCGUGUCGUCGUCUUCGUCGUCGUCGUCGUCGCUGCUGUUGUCUCCUCUCCCUCCCGAGAGAGAGAGAGAUAGCCCCCCCGGCCUCCGCUUUCCAUGUUCUCUUCUCGUUCUGAGUUUGAACUCAUCGGCCGGAUUCGGCAAUCUCGCGUCUCUGAUUGGCACCUCGCGUGCUCAUCAUCCAGUAGCCCAGCCCCAGCCCGAGCCCCGCACCACGGAUCUCCUCUCGUCAACCAACCCAUCGAGCUCGCUGCCCCCGACCUUCCUUGCCUCGCCUCGCUUGCCCCCCUGCCUGCCACUCAGCUGCCCAGCGCUCCUUAUCCGGGGCCUAUCUCUUGUCCCCCGGUCACCUUGCACUUUGCGCGCUGCCUUGCCUGCCUUGCCCCCUCCUGCCUGCCUCUUGCACCCGUGCGCGUCCGAUUCCGCCUGCGCUAGGCCCCGGUGGCCGAGGUAGCUUUGGGUCCGUUUUUUCCCCCCAUCCCCCAUCCCCCAGCCCCAGCUCCCGAGAAUUUUCAUCUCUGGCGCUCAUUCUCGACAGCCCCCGUCAAAGUGGAGCUGAACUGGCGCAGCCGUGACGAGCAAGGCGCUCGCUCGCUGCUGCUGCUGCUGCUGCUCCGCAGGCGAUCGAAGUGGUAGGCCGCGAGGGCAGGCCCCAGUGCCUUUUCGGUCACUGGCGGGCGAGCGAGCGAGCGAGCGAGGGCGCGUGCGGGCGAUUCGAGUGGAUCUCUCGACCACCUUCGGGGCAGCGGCGAGUGUUUCUUCUGCGGUCGAUGCUGCUGCAGUCGUCGGGCUGUCAUGGAGCUCGCGAGGAGCUCGUCCCGGCGUCUAUGAAGACUGCGGUGGAGCGCAAGGCCUCUCUCUACUCUGACAGGGGACUAUGACUAUACAAGCGUGACAUGACUCCAGUAGACUAUGCCGUGGAGGCAGGGCAUGAAGGUAUGCUUGUGGCGCACAUCAAAGCACGUGCUGGUAAUCUUCUGCAUAUUGAGCUCCCUCUGCACAAUUCAAGGGAGAACCCAUAUUGCAAGCAGGAGCACAAAGCGGUGUCUUCCUUGGAACAGAUGGAAAAGGAAAAGGAGAAAGAAACCAUUGAUUGGGGAGAAACCAUUGAUUGGGGGUGCGUUGGGAAUCUGCAGGCCAAUGCCCGAGUGGCUGGCAAGAAGGACCAGUUGAUCAGCGUUGUUUCAUCUUGAUGAAUAACGCCAGCAGCUGGAACGAGUCAGCAGUGAAUUGUCAGGCGCAAGGAGGGCACCUCGCCGCGCUCGCCAGUGCUCUGGAGUUCCCCUUUCUCGACGGCCUGUGCACGAGCGACGCAUCAGGAAGCUGCUGGCUCGGAGGCACCCUGCGCCGAUCGAGCAGCAGCGGCAUCUUCACGCCGAAUUGGACCGACUGCCGAGUCCUCUGGAAUGAUUCCUUCUACCCUCCGGCGCCUCCUCCACCUUCCACAAACUGCUCGGAUCCGAGCUGCCCCGAUUUCCUCGAAAACGGAUGGUGUUCCCUCGUGGUGAACUCCUCCCUUGUCUGGGGCAGUUGCGAUACCAAACAUUCCUUCAUUUGCACCCUCGGCCCAGAUGGCUCGUGCGGAGGGAGAUCGGCGAACAAGGCGUACAUAAUCACAUUAUCGGUGGUGAGCUCGGUGAUUUUGAGCACGACGCUCGGGGUGACGAUCUGGCUGCUGGCAUACAGGAGGACGAAGAGAAGGCGACGGCGCAGGCGAGAUCAGAGCACGCUGGCGGCGUCGGCCGCCAUCGCGCCGGCGUGGAGAGUGUACACAUUCUCGGAAUUGGUCAACUUCACGGAUGGGUUUGCGCCCGAGAACAAGCUCGGGGGCCGCCAUGGCGGCGGCGGCGACUCGGACAGCUUCACGUACAAGGGCGUGCUGGCCGACGGCUCGCCCGUGGCCGUGCGCAAGGUGCGACGGCCCGGGCUGCAGGGCGAGAAGGACUUUCUGGCCGAGAUGCGCAAAAUUGGUCGCCUCCGCCACGAGAACCUCGUCGCCAUGAAAGGCUGCUGUUUCGAUCGCAACGAUGGCUACAUCAUUUACGAAUUCAUCCCCAAUGGCACCCUCGAUGAUUGGAUUCAUCAUUUGCCCUCCGGUGCGCGCCCGCUCGACUGGGAUGCCCGCAUGCGCAUUGCCGAGGGCAUCGCCGAUUCCUUAGCGUACUUACACGACAAAGUGAAGCCGAAUGUGGUGCAUCGAAAUGUGCGAGCUAGUACGGUACUUUUAGACAACGAAUUAAAACCCCAUCUUUUAGGCGUGGGGCUUGUCAAUAUGGCAUUACGAGAUACAACGCACGAGCCAACGGUGAUCGUAGGAACGCAUGGGUACCUUGCCCCCGAGUUCGUGUACCGCAAUGAACUGACGACCAGGAGCGACAUCUUCAGCUUCGGAGUGUUGCUGCUGGAGCUGGUGACUGGGCGUAAGCCCACAGUGGCAGAGGGCGAGAUUUCAGAAACUCCGACAAUUUUUGAGUGGGCGACACCGCUGCUCCAGGCAGAAGCGUGGACAGAAUUAUUAGAUGUGACGAUAGGAUCGGUUCCGAAUUACUCGCAGGUGAAGAAGGUGGUGGAGUUGGCCUACACAUGCACGCAGCAUGUGCCGUCCAUGCGCCCUCGGAUGUCUCAUGUGCUCUACCAGCUGCAAGAGCUGCAGAGAGCCGAGCUGGUGGUUCAGCCCAUGAUGAAUACAGAAAGAACCACCAUCCCAUUGAACACGGAAAGUUUGGGUGAUAAUACAACCGAUUUGGAAUUGGAAAUACGAGAGGUCCCUUUGUAACCAU